AUGCAACUACCCAUCAGUGCUUUAACUAUGGGAGUCUCAACAAAAGAUGCGCACAGUGCCCACAACCAUCUUGUGGGACAUCACGGGGAGGGUCUCAAGCUGGCGGCCCUGGUUCUCUCUCGAAAUCGUUACAACGUGAGUAUCGCCGCAAGCGGUUGCAAUUGGAGGUUUGACAUGCACACAGACGCCUCUUCGGUUUCUUGUGCUGUCACACCAUCUCAGAAAACCAAGUCGAUCGAGUGGACCGAUCCUGCCCUCGACAUGGCAAGCCUACGUUACCAUGUGCAGAGGGAUGUGGCAGUGGUGAUCGGCGCGACGCGGGCCAAGUCAGGCCGACCAGUCGCGUUAGACGCGUUUUUGAAUUGGCUCCGUUUGACGACGAUAGACAUUCGCGGACUCGCCUUCCCUUCCAGUAUCAUUUCCACACCACAUGGCGACUUGAUUCUUGAUCCCCAGCUUCGAGGUCAGCUGUAUCACAAUGGGAUCACCUUGAACAAUUCCACCGUGGGCGGCGCAUUCCUCUUCGCGUACAAUUUCGCCUAUUCGACCACCUGCCGCGACCGUCGCAGACUAGCAUCCUGGCGGGAUGCGGCUCGUCAAGUACAACAGAUAUGGGAGGAAGCUCUACGCAAGCAGGAAGACACCAUUUUGCCUCUACUUGUCGAUCUUCUGCGGAAGCACGCCCGUUCUGCCGACGCCGAGAUGGUAGGCCCUCAUUUAGAGCCACCGGCGGUGCGUCGGAUCUGGCAAUACUUGCUGCGCAAGUCAGCAGGGAAGGAAUUCUUUUACAGCGAGAGAAGCAAUGAUCAAACCGUGAACACCAUCCGGGACAGCCUCGGCCAGCGCCCUGCCCGCCUGCCCGACACGCUGUGGCACAUACUGCGUGCCCACUGCCCUAUCCGAACCGUCGAAGAGGAGCAGCAAGAGCUGUUCAAGGAUGCGAUGCCCUGCGUCGUCCCAGACACCACAUUCGCGAGAGCAGUCGACCGAGCGCUGCGAGCCUGCUUCGCUCUGCUGAGGUUCACCGACCAUAUUCAGGUAUUCUACGUCCGAGGCUCAGCCGGCAAAGUCGACGUAUACUUUGACAAGGGACAGGGCAUGCUCAAGAUACAUUGCCGAUGGUUAGACUUUGCUCGUAUGCACCACCGGUCAUUCUGCCGGCCCUGGUCUCCGAGCAACCUUGCCGACACAAACGCCCCCUUUUUCUGUUGCCAUGUGGUGGAAGAGCUCUUGGUUCGAUCGAUUGCAUCCAUGUUCAAAGCACAUCCGACGUCUCGACCAGCUGAAAUGAAAUUCAUGCGCCAGAUUGGACGGCGACUGCGGUAUCUCCCGCACAGCAUCAAGUUGAAGCCAUACCCCGGGGGCAUUCUGGUCAGUUGGGAAGACAAUGAGGCGGAAUCCUUUCGCACACUCGGCCCCAGCGGCCCAGACUAUCAUGUUGUGCUUCAUGAUGACAAUUGUGCGAACACUGGGACGGCGCUGCUCCACGAUAAGCCCUCCCUAGCGACGUGGUGCCCUGUGAUUGCCGCCAGCAGUUCGCUCGUCAGACGCACCGAAUGUGCCUCUUUACCGGUCUGUCGCACACAUCGACAUAUUAUGCCAUGA